AUGCCACUGCUUAGAGAGCGGCUGUUUCGUCUGAAGAGUGCGCCGACUGAUCCGCUGGAGACUCGACUUCGACGAUGCCUCACGACGACCGAUAUCACUCUGCUUGGAGUGGGUCAUAUGAUUGGUGCAGGCAUUUAUGUCCUCACAGGAUCCGUGGUGCGUAACAGUACUGGACCGUCGAUUGUGGUUUCGUUUGCAUUGGCUGGAAUCGCUUCGUUGCUAUCGGCACUUUGCUAUGCGGAGUUUGGAGCGAGAUUCCCGAAAGCCGGAAGUGCUUACACGUAUGCGUAUAUUGGAGUGGGAGAGCUAUGGGCCUUCACAAUCGGAUGGAAUAUCAUUUUGGAGCAUAUGCUGGGAGCGGCUGCUGUGGCACGAUCGUGGUCUGGCUAUUUGGAUUCGUUGUUGGGAAAUAACGAUAGAACGAUGAUCAUAAAUAAAUCUGCUUCAUUUUUUGCCGACUAUCCGGACUUGAUCGCGUUUAGCGUUGUCAUAGCAGUAGCGUUAUUCGUAGCACUUGGCUCUAAGACAUCCACCAACUUCAAUUCAAUCUUUACAAUGAUCAACAUGCUUGUGAUUGCAUUCGUUGUUGGCUAUGGUUUCACGUUUGCGGAUUUUUCGCUGUGGAGUGGAUAUGACGAAGAGACGCAUCAACCCAGAUUUAUGCCGUACGGUCUGAACGGUCUGUUGGCUGGUGCGGCCAGCUGUUUCUUCGCAUAUAUUGGUUUCGAUGGACUUGCAACAGCUGGAGAAGAAGCCUCCGAUCCAUCUCGCGCUAUACCGGUCGCAACGUUCAUAUCGAUGUCGAUCGUGACAGCCGCCUACAUUCUGAUGUCCGCAGCGCUCACACUAAUGGUUCCAUUCAGACAGGUUAAUCCAACCGCUGCGUUUUCGGAUGCGUUCGCCAGUCGUGGAGCUGAAUGGGCCAAAUAUAUCGUUUCGAUCGGUGCCAUGUCAGGAAUGACGACAAGUUUGGUCGGCUCGAUGUUCGCUCUACCACGUUGUGUUUAUGCGAUGGCCGAAGAUGGUCUUCUGUAUUCGACAUUUUCACAGAUUAGCGAUAAGACACAGGUUCCCAUCAACGCAGUCGUAGUGUUCGGAGCAGCCACUUCAAUAAUAGCAUUACUAUUCGAUAUUGAAACUCUAGUGGAAUUCCUCUCGAUCGGCACCCUAUUGGCAUAUACAAUUGUGUCUGCGUGUGUCAUUGUCCUCAGAUACCGAUACGAACCGUCCGAAGAGGGAGGUGGUCGUAUCAGAAAGUGGGUACCGUUUCAAAGCUGGUUGACUAUACCACAACCAGGAAUUCUGGUAACAUGGAGUGUUUUCAUGAUGAUAAUCGGCGAUGUUGGGAUGAGUAUCAUCUUCGCGAGUGGCUCUUUGAGAUAUUCGUAUGGCAUCGUUUGUGCGAUGCUGUUCGGGUUGAUCGCUGGACUAGCGUUCAUCUUGAUCUGUCUUCAUCAUCAGAAUAAUGCACAAAUCGAUUUCAAGGUACCGUUGGUGCCAUUGGUUCCUUCAGUGAGUAUCCUCGUGAAUGUGCUAUUGAUGAUGCAUCUGGCUCCAGUUACAUGGCUACGUCUCAUCAUAUGGCUUCUUAUUGGUACGGAGAAUGUUUCGUUCGUUCAUAAAAUAUUUAGAAAACUCGUCGUUUCGAUUAUGAUCAACUGUUCAGAUUCUGAUCUUCCGUAUGCCCGAUUAUUUCUUUAA